AUGACCGACAUUCAAAAGCCAUUACCAAAAAUUCCUACCCAUAUAACAAAUAACGUUCCCGUUACAGAUAGCCCUAUAACAACUAAUGAGUUAGCAUCAAAUAACGAUAAUCAGCUAGAUAAUAGCGAAGAAGAUGCUGAAGAUGACGACGACGACGAUGAUGAUGAUGACGAUGAAAAGAUAGAUGACGAUGAAGAAGAAGAAUUCGAGUUUUUCCAUACUUUUGAAAGGGAAAAGGUGAAAGGUAUAAUACAUUUGAUCACAUCUGAAUUAAAGGAUAAAGGUUUGAAUGUAGAAUAUUUACUAAUACCAUUUCGUCCUGAACAAAAUAACGAGAAGUUAUUGAAAUUCUUGAAUAUCUUAUUCCCACAGGGUAAUGGUCAACCCAUUUCUGAAUCUCAUCAAUUAAAACUACUAGCUAAAACAGAUGUCUUCACUUUAUUCCAAGCUUUGAAAUAUAUUUGGUGUAGAUUACCGAACAAUCAAAUUAUUGGUUGGAAAUCGUAUUAUAAAUUUAAAUAUAAAGAAAAAUCAUUAAAUUAUCCUCAGAAAUCAUUUUUAGAAAUUAUGCCCAAAUGUUUAUCAUCUGCAAAUCAUGCUUCAAUAGUUUAUGAUUUUUUCGAUUUGAUUGUCACUUUAGCAUCGAAUUCACAAAAGAAUAAAAUGAGUGCAAGAAAAAUAUCUAAAAUGUGUGCUAUUUGGGCAUUCAGUAAUGAAGAGAAAGAUGAUAAUGAUACAAUUGCAGCUCCAGAUUUCGAUUCAAAUAACCCUUAUUCACAUUUACCAAGCAAUUCUAUUCAAGAAGGGAUAGAGAAAUGGUUACCUGCAUCAGAUGCAAUGUUCCAUCUAUUGUUAGCAUUUUUGAGAUCUUUCGUUCCCAAAGAUUUAGAAUCUUCAAAACUUCCAAGAAAUUUAAAAUCAUUAUUGUUCAAUAAUGAAUAUCCACCAAUUAAUUCCAAUGCAUACGACUCAAAAACCAUCUUGACAAUCCCAUUAGUUACUUUAAAUACAUCUACUUUCUCCAAAAAGCCUUGGCAUCUAUUAGAAAGAUGUGGUGAUCAUUUAGAUUUCAAAGAUUAUGACGCUUUCCAAGCAAGAGAAGAUUAUGCUCUAUUAAAAUCUUUAUUUAGAAAAAAUAAGUCUAAAAAUGGUAGUAAUAUUAAAAGUAUAAGUAAAAAAAUGUCUCAAGAAUCAAGAAGGUUAUUAAAAUUAAUGACUACAAAGCAUUCCACUUUUCAACCUGGUUGGAAUAAAAGAAGUUGUCUGAAAAAUGUUAAUAAACUAGAAGAUAAUAUUAAGGUUGAUAGAAUAGAUAUAGAUGAUUAUUUCAUUUGGACUUGGUUAUCUUCAUUAUCAAAUGAACAAACAAAUGAUAAGAAAAAAUUAUUUGGUAGAUCAUUAAUUUUAGAAUUUGAAUUCGAUGGGUUUAAAAAAUGGGUUGUUUUCCAAGAAUCCGAUAUAACUAUUGAUCAUAUGAAAUAUAGCAGGCAAAGAGAAUUAGAGAAUACAAAAAAAAACUUAAAGAAAAUUCAACCAAAAAAGAGGAAAUCUCCAUCUGAAGAUAAAAAAAUAAAGAUUACGAAACAUUUAAGAAUAAUGCUGCUUUCGCCAAGACUGCGGAUAAGAAAAUUGUUAAAAAUUACAUCAGAUAGAAAAAUAUCCAAUGGUUCAGUAUCCUCAAAUGGUUCUUCUAUGAGUGGGGGAGAUGGCAUAACGUAUCAUACAACAAUAAGUAAAGAAGCAUUAAAGGGAAAUAAUCAUCAUAGUCAUCAUCAUCCUCAUUUACAUCAUGGUAUUAAUAAAUCGAAUGGAUUUGAAAAAAUAACUAAAAAAUGGAAUACCCUGAAGAAAAAAAGUACAGAUUCAACCAAAUCUAAUGAAAAUGUAAACAGGAAACCCGUACCACCUCCUAUACACUUACCAACGGAAGAUAAACGUGCAGUAUCAAGCCACAAGACAUUAAAUCCAGAAAACUAUAAGUUACCAGAAAUUGAAUAUGAUGAAGAUGAAUUUAAAUUAGAUUUACCACAGUUGAAUGAUGACAACGAUGAUCUUCAAAAUGAUACGGAUUAUGAAUAUGCAAAUGAUGAAGAUGGUGUUACAAUUACAAUGCAAAAUAAGGACGAUACUACAUUAAUUAAACAAAAUAAAUCAAUUCCUAAUCCCAAGCAUCACGUUAGAAAAUCAGCUAGUGAUCAAAUACAAGAAUUGAAUGGUAUGAUGGAAAAGAUGAUGUCGUUUGAAGAUAAAUUAGAAAAUUCAAGUUCAUCAGUUCUUUCCACUUUCGAAAAGCCGGGUAGAGUAAAUUCUAAUAAUAAUAGUCAAAUAUCUGAAAUUUAUGAUUAUAGUAAUAACUCUAGCACUCAAUCAUUGAAUGUUAAUACUAAAAACAAUCAAUUUCCUUAUAAUUAUGGUAAUAAUAAUAUAUAUAAUAAUGAAAGAAGUGAAAAUACUCCUAAUUCUUCAAUGACUCAACCACAACAAAAUUUUGAAAAUGAAAACUUACCUACAAGAUCGCCAGCCAGAUUAAAUAAACCAUUACCACAAUCUAAUAUAUAUAAUGAAAAGCCAGUGCCAUAUAAUCAACGAAAGAAGAUGCAAGUUCAAACACAAAACCUUCAAUCUUCUCCUAAUAAAUCUAUGGAUCCUCUAAAUGUUUCACCUGAUAGAAAAAUGCAACCAAUACAAGGCCUAAAUUCUCCCAAGAGAAAUAAUUAUCAACCACAAUUUAACAAUCAAGGUCCACCGUCACCUGGCAGAGGUAAUACGAAUCAAAUAAUGAAUCAAGGACCUCCUUCACCUGGUAGAGGUAAUCCAAACCAAAUAAUGAGCCAAGGCCCACCCUCACCGGGUAGAGGUAAUCCGAACCAAAUAAUGAAUCAGGGUCCACCUUCGCCUGGUAGAGGUAAUCCAAAUCAAAUUAUGAAACAGGGACCUUCAUCACCUAGUAGAGGUCAUUCAAGCCAAAUAAUGAACCAGGGCCCACCAUCACCUGGUAGAAAUCCACUAAACCAAAUGAUGAAUCAACCUCCGAUGAAUCAAGGUCAAAUAAUGAACCAAAAUCAAAUGAAUCAAGGUCCCUUAUCACCUGGUAGAGGAAGCCCAAUGAUGAAUCAUGGACCUCAAAUAUCUCAUCAAAUGGCGCAGUACUCAUCUAAUGGGAAUCCACAACAAGCCUAUCAAGAUGGAUACAAUAAUCAAAACCAACCUAAUAGACAAUCACCACCAUCAAAUGCUAAAGAUUUUACUUACAAGACUAACCAAGCUGCUACCCACGGGCCUGCUCAUGAUACAGUCAUUCCUUCUGUAACAUCUUCAAAAUACAGUGAUGAUGAUAGUGAUGAAGCUGAUGCAGGUACGUUACAUCUUGGGCCAGAUGAUAAUCCGUAUCUACGAAACACACAAAGAAAUAAUAAUAAUCGGGUAGUGUCUAAUGGCAAGAAUAAUAAUGACAAUUAUAAUGGCACUCCUUCAAAUAUGAAAAAUUCGCCUAGUAUGAAUAUGAUUAAUAGUUGCCCUCCAUAUAACGGGAAUAUAAAUAGGGGACCAAUGAAUAAUAACAUGAAUGUGAAUAUGAAUAUGAAUAAUAACAUGAAUAUGAAUAUGAAUAUGAAUAUGAAUAAUAACAUGAAUACGAAUAAUAUGAACAAUAAUAUGAACAAUAAUAUGAACAAUAAUAUGAACAUGAACAAUAAUAUGAACAUGAACAAUAAUAUGAACAUGAACAAUAAUAUGAACAUGAACAAUAAUAUGAACAAUAAUAUGAACAAUAAUAUGAACAUGAUUAAUAAUAAUAAUAAUAUGAACAUGAAUCAACAAACAAGAAUGAAUAUCCCACCAAAGGGGCCUAGGAUGAUGAAGAUGAGAUCCAAUUCACCAAUGAUUCCACAACAGGAAAUGAUGAAUCCCGGUAUGCCAAAUCCAAUGCAAAUGCAAAUGCAAAUGCAAAUGCCUCAAGGUAUUCCAAGUGGUAAAGCGAACAAGAGAGCUAGUCACCGUAUGAUGAUGAAUCCUAAUAUGAGUUCCGGAAUGAACCCAAAUAUGAACUCAAAUAUGAACCCAAGCAUGAGUCCUAAAAUGAAUAUGAAUAUGAAUAUGAAUUCGAAAAUGAAUAUGAACAUGAACAUGAACACAAACCAAAUUAAUAUUAACGGAGUACCAUAUAAUACUGCGGGAAACAGUGCUGGUAAUAAACUGCAUGGUAAAGUGGGUGUAAAACAAAAAGGUCACAAGCAAUUGUACAACGAUAUCCGUAACGGCAAUUUUGGCAUCUAG